UAAGAGAAGUUGGAUUUUUGUUUUGGUUAAGUAACUUUGUUAUGUUUUCAGUUGUUUGUGUCUAAAUAAAUAACUAAAAAACAGCCAGCCAAUAUUUGGCGGAAACUGUCGAAAGCAACGAUAUUACGGCACUUUAGGUCAGUCAGUCAGUCGCAUUAAACAAGUGUUUAUGGAAUCACAAGUGGAAUACAAUAGCAAUGUUUAUGUCAAUGAUAACUGGGCCUACGUGCGGCUGGAGUAAAUGGAAAGAUAUCCGUGGUUGCCGCGCCUGCUUAGCCACAGAUGUGGUGCUGUUCAAUAUGUAUGAUCACAAAAUUGUGGAAGAUUAUGUUGCUGUCUGUGGGAUUGAUAUUAUAGAUGACUACCCUAAGCUGCUAUGUUGGUACUGCUUUGAUAUGGUGAAAAAAUUCAACGUCUUUAGGAACAGGUGCAAGAGAGCCUAUGGUUUUCUUGUGAAAGUUGAUACUCUGGAUAAACAUGUCACUAUAUCAACUUUACAAGAAAUCCACAAUGCAAACAAAGAUUUUCAAAUACCUCCCAUUACUGUUGUAAAUGUUAAUGAUAAUACAACAAGUGAUUAUCCUAAUGAUAAUUUAGAAUGUACGAUAGAAGGCAAUAAAUCAGAUAUAAAUAGUGAUAAUGAUUUUACAAACGAUUGUAAUAGUGAUGACAUUGAUACAAAUGAAAAUCAUGACGAUGAUGAUGUUGAUGUUAUUGAAUCAAAACAAAAUAGCGUUAAAGAGAUAAGUAAACAUGUGAAUUUAGAUAAAAUCAAAACUGUGGGCGAUCUUUUAGACAUAAGUGACCAUGAAUUGGAAUUGAUGGAAGAGAAAUGGCUGAAUGGUGAAUAUCAAAUGAGAGACAUAUUGAAAGAUUGUUUUAAGAAAAUUUCGAGCGGGGAUCCUAUUCCAGUUAUUGAGUUCGACGACGUCGCUGAUGAUACGGCUGAACCCGAAAAUGUCCGUGCUACGUACACGAAAACGGUGACAAACGUACAAUUGGCGGGUUUAGCGAAAAAAUACGGUUUCCGUGCGAAGUUUUUGACGCAACAAGAACAAAUUGAUGAAGUGGAAUUGAAUAAAAAGUCCGGUUUGAAAUUCGUGUGCACGGAAUGCGGGGUGAUACUGAAGAGUGAAUCAGGUCACCAAAGACAUUUGGAGACUCGUCAUAAUCCAGGUUUUAUGAGCGUAUGCGACAUUUGUUCAGCGAGGUUUACGAGAAAAGAAUCACUGUGGUGUCAUAUGCAACAGCACGCUGUGACGUUUUGCUGUCAAUCGUGCGAUCACAAAACAAAAAUCCGUUCCGAAAUGAAAGUGCAUCAGAUUAAACACCAGAAAAAAAUCUGCGAAUUCUGCGGUAAAGGUUAUCAGACGGGUGACGCUCUGAACAAACAUAUGAACCUCAGGCAUCCCGCUUCGAGACUUGUCUGUAAUGUGUGCGGGAAAUCCGUUAAGAACGAGAAAGGGAUGUUUGUACAUAAGAAUUCUUCGCAUCCAAAAUUUACUUAUUCAUGCGACAGAUGUCCAGCUCAGUUCUACAGCGAAGCAGCUUUGCAGAGACAUGAUGCGAUGUUUUGUAACCUUAUCAAUUGUUCGAUUUGCGGUUAUGUGUUUGGCAAUUCGUAUUUUUUGAAGUUACACAUAAUUUUGUGUCAUCAGUGCGAUACGGAUUUGAGUUAUAGCUGUGCUAAGUGUAAAGUCGGGUUUCUCACGGAAGAAGGUUUGCAGAAGCAUAUUGAUACAUGUAUGAGAUCAGUGCAUUGCAUCGAAUGCGGGGAGAUGUUUGAAGCGGCCGGACAGUUGACUGAACAUACAAACAUACAUGAGGAUAAAAUAAAAGAGACCUUCAAUUGUGUUAAGUGUCGCAAAUAUAUCAAAGGAGUUGUUAAUUACAAAAAUCAUUAUGAUUCGUGUAAAAGGAAAUGUGAUAAGGCAUCAAAGGUGUGUGUCAUGGCCGACGACAGAGACAUGGUCGAAAUAAAAGAUGGUGGCACAUUGAAUAAAAAUCAUAGUAACAAUAAACCUAAAAUGAUUUGCGAAGCCUGCGGAAAGAUAUAUUAUAAUAAGGUAUCUUUGAUAUCACAUAUCAAGAUUCACACAGGUGACUUGUUGAAUUGCCAACUUUGUCCAAAGAGAUUUACAACUAAUGCUGCGUUAAAGCGUCACGAGAGGCUCCACACGGGUGUGAAAUUGUUAUCGUGUUCCAAAUGUACAAAAAGAUUCGUCACAUUCUCCGACCUCCACAGCCACGCUAAACUUAGACAUUAGGAAAGGAACCACGCUUGUCAAAUGUGCGGUUACAAAUUCUUCAGUGCUAAAAGCUAUUCUUCAACACAUAGACAUUCACACGAACGUGACGGCGGUGUAAUGAAGUCCGAAUUAAUUACUUACUUGGAACAGAUAAUAUAAAACGUAUCUUGAUUAAAUUAAGGACGUCCUGGCAAAAGGUCAGGUCGAGAGUACCCGAAACCGACGAGCUGGGAUCGUGGCGAGUGGAAAGAUGUGGUCUCUCCCACAUACCAAAUUUCAUCGUAAUCGGUUCAGUAGUUAUUGCGUGAAAGAGUAACAAACGUCCAUACUGACAUACUCACAAACUUUCGCAUUUAUAAUAUUAGUAGGAUGUAUGAAAAACUAUGUGGAUUAAAUCAGUGAUGAAAUUCUGAAAAACUGUUUUAUCCGAACUCCGACUAACCGAAUCGCCGAUUAUCCGAAUCAAAUCAAUCAAUCCGAAAACGGUUGAAGACCGCAAAACAGCUUACAUUGACGGAGAUGAUUAAAAAACAAUGAUUUUUAUUUCUAAACUUGUUCAUAAGUACAUUUUAUUUAUAUUUAAAACAUGUGGAAAUUACAUGUUUCUUUCAUUUAAUUCAAUAAAAAAAUAGUGCAAUAUCAAAACGUA